CGUUUCGCAUUGAAAAGUUGAAAAGAGAGGUUUGGGGAGGCAGAACUAAAACAUCUGCUGCUUGUGUGAGACUUCAGUUACUGUUCUGUAAAUCCGGGUAGUCAUGGAUUUGGGUGAAAUUCUGAUGCAUAUUGAAAACGGGAACGAUGAGGAAGUUGAAAAGCGUUUGCAGGAAUAUAACGCAGAGAACUGUAAGACUUUUUCCUUUGACUGUAAACAAGAGGAGACUCGAAUAAAUCUGUGUAGGGGCAUACUCACAGUGCUUGGUCAGCCUGUGCAGCCCCAGUGUCAGAGCACCUGUCUGGAGACCAUGCGUAUCCUGUCUCGUGAUAAGCGUGUCCUUGGGCCUGUAGCCACCCACGAUGGUAUGGUCACUCUUGCCCGGCUGGCGUGCAUCCCGCUACCUGAUGUUGAUGUGGAACCUCCGGAGAAAACCGAGUCGGCCGCUGAGGAGCGGGUAGUAGUGGAGGCGCUCAAGUGCCUGUGUAAUGUGGUGUUUAACAGUGUGUCAGCACAGCAGGUGAGUGCAGAUGUGCAGCUGGCGCAGGGUUUGUGUGCCCGUCUGCGCUUACCUGGCCCCACCCAUCAUGAUGUGGAGCUCUUCUCUCUCCGUUUGCUCUUCCUGCUUUCUGCCUUGAGGCCAGAUGUCCGGAGGGUGCUGCGGCAGGAUUUAGAUGCUGUAGAGCUGCUCACUGGCGUACUCGAACAGACCUUGGAUGUGCGCUGGGCAGGGCUGUAUGAAGUCACAUGUCCUGACUCACAGGCCCCACCCAUUUCUCUGGAGAGGAACGAGAGGGCGAUGGAGUCACUCAAAGCCCUGUUUAAUAUCACCAUGGCUGACUCCAGUGAUGAGCAUAAUGAUCACCAGCUGAGGCGUAUAGUAGCCCUAAUGAGGCAUAUUCUAAUGCUGAGGGUUCAGACAGAGGAGAAAACAGAAGAAGCUCAUAGCCAUGCCAUAAAUCUUUUGAGCAACCUUCCCGUAUCCUGCUUGGAUGUCCUGAUUGAUGUGCCUGUACAGGGAGGACUUGAAGAAUAUGGUGGAAAGAAUAUGGAUGUUCUGCAGGUGCUUCUGGACUUCAUGGAGAAAAGAAUAGACAAGGGGUCAAACUACAAAGAAGGCCUGACUCCAGUGCUGAGCCUGAUGACGGAAAGUUCUAGGUACCACAGGGAGAUUCGCAGAUACUUCAAAGCUAAAGUUUUGCCACCUCUAAAAGAUGUGAAAGUGAGACCAGAAGUGGGCAGCACUGUGCGCAACAAACUGGUACGCCUCAUGACCCAUAUAGACAUGGGAGUAAAACAGGGGGCUGCCGAGUUCCUUUUCGUCCUCUGCAAGGAAAGUGUGGACAACCUUUUGAAGUACACUGGCUAUGGCAAUGCUGCAGGGCUGCUGGUGGCUCGGGGGCUGCUGGCAGGGGGCAGAGGAGACACGGAGUACUCUCCUGAUGAGGAUUCAGACACUGAGGAAUACAAAUCAGCAAAACCAUUCAUUAACCCAAUUACAGGCCACAUAGAGGAGCCGAUGCCGAACCCUCUUGAGGACAUGACUGAGGAACAGAAGGAAUAUGAAGCUCAGAAACUUGCAACCAUGAUUGGUGAAUUGUCAAGGCAGCAACUGAUCAAGCCAAUGGGUGUGAGGAAGGAUGGCUCACUAGCUCCCCUAGAGGAGACGCUACAUACAUGCAACGUUCCAGACAGCAGUGACUCGGAUUAAAAUGGGCGGAUUCACUUGCUCGCUCAACUGCCGCAAAGUCAGCACACCAUAUAAAACGUUAUUUCUUUCUAUAUCAUUAGUUUGUGUUAAAGAAUAUUGUUUGUGCCAGUUUGAUUUGUUCCAUGAUGUUUUAUACAUCGAUGCAAAUUAAUGACCAAUAGUGGAGUUGGAGGGCAGCGUAGUGGUUAGCACUGACUCUUCAAACCCAGAACCUUCUUGCUGUGAGGUGAGUGUGUUCUAUAAUAAUCCAGCAGAAGGCAGUGGGGAAACUCCUGUAAUUGUUCCCUAACUACUUUGAGGGCUGAAGUCGUCAAAGUGGACCUGUCAUCAGACAGAACGUUAAAGAAGAAAGUGGAGUUAGAGUGAAGUGUACAUAUAAAUCAAACAGGCACAAACGUGACAAUGAUGGGGUGAGAUUUUGAAGUUUAAUGCUCCGUGAUGUCCCUCUCGUCCAUACAUUUACAAUAGCCAUUUUAUCUCCGUAACCAAGUUAACAAGAAAUUUUUGGCACAAACGAAUACACAUGACAUUAUUUUUCAAUAUUGUGCCACAUUCAACCAGUUCCUCCCUGAUGCUCAGGACAAAGCAGCUCCUAAAGAAAGAGUCUGCAUCCGUGUCAGACCAUAAAUGAUCCCGCUCAGAAGCAGAAAGAACAUGCUGUAAGGUGACAGUUUGUCUCUCUGUGAGCUCAGUUUUGAAUUUUACUUUACCUUGUUACUUUUGGUGUUCAUUCCUGACCUUAUUUGAGGUGCACUGAGCUGUUAAUAGGCACUUAUACCUAACGGAGGGAGAUGUAGGACAGUCGACUGUUUAAUAUUAAUCAUGCAAGUGUAAGUAGAACAGCUAGCGUGGGCUGCUCUUAAAGGUGACACCCCCCCCCCCCCCCCCCUCUUCUCCCCCUCUCCUUUCCUCCCUCCAAAAUAGGUGGGUGAACAGUAAUGUUCAUUAAUAAGUGUAUUGUUAAAUAUAAGAAAAGGUGAACUUUGGAAAUCACUGAAUGUCCUCACUAGUGUUUCUUUUAAAGACUGAUACUUGUUUAAUAGAGUAUAGUUAACCACAGUGGGUUUAAUACUAAAGAGAAUGCUGGAAUCACAAAAGGUCUCUCUUUUAAAUUCAUGAAUACAAAGUGUUAGUGUCAUUUAUGUACAGUAAUAAUGUAUCUAAUACACAUUUUCUAUAGUUUUGUUCGGAGACAUUCACUGUUGGAACAGUUCAUUUCUGCUUGGUCUAAAGCCUUAUUUCUUUUGGGGUUGAAAUACAGAAGUUGUAGUGCCUUUUUUUUUUUUUUCUUUCUAAAUAUAUAUAAACAGCUUUGAACAGUGUAUUUGCAUUUUUCUGAACCUGCACUGAAAUUGGUUUGUGUCAAGGUCCCUUGUUCAACUCCUGGAACAUCAGAUUUUCAACUAAAUGUAGAGUUGUCUUUUCAGGUAUCAAUUUCUCUUAGUUCAAAAUGGUUCACUUUUUUUUUAAAAAAAAAAAAGCAUAUCUUACAGUUCACUGAACAUUUGUAUAUUUGCACAUCCACUUCUUUUAAAGCCAAACUGACUGCUUUUUCCUCAGUUAUAUUUUUGUUCUCCUGAACACGCUCAAUUUAUUAUUCUGUAAACUGGGAAAUCAGACUUUCUAUUUGCAUUAUAAAAUGCUGAGAACAUAAAUGCUACAGAUUGAAAUUACUCAUUGUAAAAGUUCGUUUUCUAAGGCAAACAACCUGUAUAGUAACGGGCUCAAAAUGAAUUGCACGUAAAUUAAGCAAAAUACAGGGUUAGUCAAAAUUAUGUUGACACUUUUUAAAUGGUUUCUACCAUUUAUUCAUGAAACAGGCUGAUUUACAGGACAGUCUCAACGUGUUCGCCUUAGUGUUCAACACACAAAAGCCAGUGAGCAACAGUACCAUUUAAUCUGUCACUCAUAGACAUGCGUCUGUCUACAGGAGAAAAAUAAUCCAUUAGUGUUAACAAUUUUGAAUAACCCUGUAUUACCUGCUUUGUUUCCCGUGUCAUUAAUGCUACCAUUCAGCUUGUAGAUCACCUGAGGGCAUGUCACCACAUUUAAUCAUUGUUCCUGACACUUUUCUGGACUUCUAACCUUGGUACUUUUGAAUGAAUUAUUUUCAAGUUUCCUUGCUUCUGUAUCUGUAUGAUCUAUACAUGUAUAGUCUUUUUAUACUGUACUAAACACUUUAAAUGAGGAA